AGACUUAACUAAGGAAUCAUCUAGCAUGUUUCAACAACCCCUACUGUUCCUCUCUUUGUUUUAAAGAUACCAGUGUGCUUUUGUUUCAUUUGCAACUGGAGACUAAAUGACACCAAGCAGAAUCUGCUGUUAGGUUAGAUCACAAGAUGGUGUUUUCUUCCUAGAUUUGACAGUUUCCGAGAGACACAAAAGGAUGGAGGCUACAUCCUUCCUCUAUUAUUUCCUCCUCGUCUCUCUGUGUAUUCAUUUUCUUCAAGAUGGAGCCAGCGCAGCCCUUAGGAGGCAGAGGAGAAGGAUGCACUACGGGGGCACAAGACACAGGUCUCCCAAGCAGCUGAGAAUGAGGCUUCCCGCUCCAAGCCCUGUCGUGCCCAGCAUUCCUCUCAUUAACAUCGACGACGGAGUUAUGGGAGUAUUCGACUCUCUCGUAGGUUUGGGUGGACAAGAAUCUAGUUACAAUGUCUUACCAGGAAAGCAGGGGCACUGCAUAGCCAAUGGCAUGAUCAUGUACGAUAAAGCUGUGUGGUCCCCUAAGCCCUGCAUCACUUGCCUCUGUUCCAAAGGACAAGUGCUGUGUGAUAAAACCAUGUGCCAUCCUCUGCAAUGCCGCACCACCAUUAUACCUGAAGGAGAAUGCUGCCCAGUUUGCUCUGAUACUGCUUCUUCUUUGGAUUCAAGUAUUAUUUCAAUGGAUGACCUACCUGAGCAGUCUGGUGAUUCUUCUGAACCAAAGGACCUCGGUGAAGUUGUUAUACGGACAUCAGCCCACACCAAAGGUGGAAAGGAUGUAGUGAUUAGAGCAGAGGAGGUAGAGACUGAAGAGAAAGAGAUUCUUAAAAUGGAUGAAAAGAAAAGAAAACGGAAAGGCAAAAAAAAUCGACAAAAACCUUAUCACAAUAAGGAGACGCUUAUCRGGGGAAAUCAUGAAGAAAGAAGGUCAUCAUAUGAAGAGCUACAAAAAGAAGAAAUAAAUAAAAUGGAUAAAGAAAGAAUAAGAGAGAAAGUUAUGGAACAUGAAAGGCAUCAUGAAAGCAAUGAAGAUGACAACAGUGUACAUGUGUUAAGAAGUAACACUUUCAGAGUGCCACCUCAUUUCCCAAUUCCUCUUCCUCCCAUAGAAACACCUUUGCCGUCCGCAUGUUCCACCUUGGACACUGCAAUAAGCUGUAUUAAUGCCAAACUUACACAAAUACCACCAAUUUCAGAUCCAGAUCUAACAAGCCUGGACCUCACCGGAAAUAGUAUCACUACCAUCCCAGAUGAAGCAUUCAAUGGCAUACCUAAUCUGGAAUGGAUUGACCUGAGUAAGAAUAAUCUUACCUCUUCUGGCAUAAGUCCACAAGCAUUCAAAAUCCUAAAAAAGCUAAAACGCUUGUAUUUGGAUGGAAACAUGCUGGUACAUAUUCCCUCUGAAUUACCGUCAACUUUGGAAGAAAUAAAAAUAAACGACAACCGCCUUCAUGCCAUUGAUGAAGACACCUUACAAGAUUUAAAGAACUUAGUCACCUUGGAAUUAGAAGGAAAUAAACUUAGUGAAGCAAAUGUCAGUCCUUGGGCCUUCUUUCCUUUAAAAAGUCUCUCUUAUUUACGACUGGGGAGAAAUAAAUUUAGAAUUAUCCCACAAGGCCUUCCCACUUCUAUUCAGGAGUUAUACCUUGAAAAUAAUCAAAUAGAAGAAGUAUCAGAAAUUUGUUUUAACCAUACAAGAAACAUAAAUGUCAUUGUGCUAAAGCAUAACAAAUUAGAAGAAAAUAGAAUAGCACCUUUGGCUUGGAUAAACCAAGAGAACUUGGAGUCAAUCGAUCUCUCUUAUAAUAAGUUAUAUCACGUUCCCUCAUAUCUGCCUAAAUCUUUACUACACCUGGUACUCAUAGGAAAUCAGAUUGAAAGAAUUCCAGGAUACGUCUUUGGUCAUAUGAAGCCAGGGCUGGAAUAUCUCUACCUGUCUUUUAACAAACUUACUGAUGAUGGAGUAGAUCCCAUAUCAUUUUUUGGAGCAUAUCGCUCUCUGAGAGAGUUGUUUUUGGAUCAUAACGAAUUAAAGUCUGUGCCAUUUGGAAUUGCGGAAAUGAAAAAAUUACAUUUUCUAAGACUGAACAACAACAAAAUAAGGACAAUCCCUCCAGAACGGAUCUGCAGGACUCAUGCCAUGGAUGAUGAUGACGAUGACAACAGUGAAGAGGAGGAAGAUCGAGACUCACGUUUGGAACACCUUCACCUUGAGAACAACUAUAUCAAGACAAGGCAGCUAUCACCACAUGCAUUUUCAUGCAUAAGAUCUUACUGCAGUGUUGUUCUCAAACCACAGAAGAGCAAAUAAACAUCCAAAUUUUGCAUUGCAAGCCCUAUCACUUAAAAAAAAAUAUUCCCUGUUACUAACAGCUCAUUUCUAAUUUAAACCCUUCUUAUUACUAUAAAUAAGAGAGCAAAUUAUUUAACAAAGGCAGGACUAUUUCCAAUAGUUUCAUUAUAUAAGCAUUAAAGAAAAAUAUAGGCUCAAGACYAUCUCAAUGCAUCAAGCCGUGCUGCCAGUUAAAUUUCCGUAAGUUCAGGCUUCAGAAAGAAUUUAAGUGAACACUUGCUCCUGUCUGCUUUGGUCUUCUAAACUUAGAACACUUCAAAAUGGCACAUAAAAAAAGACUUAAAACUGUAUUCACUCUUAUGAUAUGACAACAAUCAAGUGUCUUAACAAAUGGACAGUAUUGUAGACCUUCCUACCAAAAACCCUGCAGUGAUAAAUUCUCUUCCAAUUAAAAUUUCAAGGAAAAUCCAGUUAAAAAUGCUUCCAGACAGAAAUUAAUUCCUCUAGCUCUUCUGAUCCUGGUGACRAAACACCAGAAUUUUUCAGUCAGCUCUCUAAAAACCACCAAAUUAUAUUUGAAAUAGCGUUGACACAGAGUGGCAGACCUCAUUCUCUUGUACAAUAUGUUUUUGUACUGUAGAAGAGAGCAACUGAAUCACAUUGCCUGUUUUAAUUCCCACUUACAGUUGCUAGUGGUCAGUGAGAAAGUUUCUAAAUAGCCAUAAAUUCACCACUGUAGAGGCUAUAUUGAAUAUCAGUCAUACAUUUGACUUYGAUGGUUCAAAUCGAUCUCUGAUUCCCUAAAACAUACUUCAAUAUCUUAAGUGCUCCUAGGCGGUACUUUCUCAAAAGGGUAUUGUGGUGGUAGGAGACAAUUACAGAUGACURGCUAGCAAUUUUUCAGGAAAUUACUUUCCACAUUUCCCUGAGCUAUGCUGUGAUAUAUAAAAAAAUUUAGUGUUUUCUCCAGUACUAUAGAUACUGCCUAAUCAUUUCUUCUGAAUAGAUGGAACAAAGGCAAAAAUGGUUCAAUAGAGGGACUGAUGUUCUAUGUGCUGUAAUCAACUGCAUGCCAUAAAAGCCUCUAAGAAUGCCUGUCAACUCCUGCACCAUAAUUUUUUUUGCCCUCACUCUAGAAUUGAAGGUUUCAUGAUACAUUUUCCACACAUCUCAUGUACUGCCAAUAAUGAUGUCAUAUAAUCAGCAUAAACAUACCAUUCAGACAACAUGUAACCAACAAGAACCAAAAUUUUUAGUAUAGUAGACCRCAUAUAUAGAUGCGACUGCCGAAUUCUGUUUUUGCUGAAGCUAAAUAAUCAAAAUUCCAUUGCUACAUUUCAAAGUUCUCUCUUACUCAAAUAGACUAUUUCUUGCAAGGUACAGUAGUACAUUAUUUGGARUCAGUCAAAAUAUAAUGUACUUUUUGUAAGAAAAAAACCUUAAGAUACAUGGUGUUCUGUAAAAAGAUUUCUUUGGAUAUUUCGUUUGAUUAACACAUGGCCAUAAACCAGACCGUAAUGAUUUUGUAAGCUUAGCAAAGAAUUUAUAAAUUCAGCAGGUUGAGCAAAACUCAGCAGGCUGAGUUUAUACAUGUAAUAUUCUGUUUUGGAUAGCUUGAUUUCACUGUCUGUGCAUUCCUGACAUUUGAAUCCUUUGUCUUUGAUUUUGGCUACUUUUUAAUACUUUUUUUGACAGAGURAGAAAAGCUAAGUUAUUAAAAGAUGCAUUUAGAUUAUUACUAAACACCUGACUUAUUUCUGCA